AUGACGAAGACCGAGACAACCAGCGCCGUCCUCCAUCGGGAUACGCACCAUGUUCCCAAAAAGGCUGUCGGAGGGAAGGGUAGCUACAUCUUCCUUGAGGAUGGCCAGAAAUUCCUCGAUUCCACCGGCGGUGCGGCCGUCUCAUGUCUAGGCCACGGUAACGAAGAGGUCACCAAAGCCGUCAUUGACCAGCUCAAUCAGCUAGCAUACUGCUAUUCUGUUUAUUUCAGCACGCAGGUGGCUGAAGACCUUGCCAAGUUGCUCGUUGAUUCCACAAGCGGGAAAAUGACGAAGCUUUUCGUCGUCAGUUCUGGCUCCGAGGCCGUCGAGGCAGCCCUCAAGCUAGCCCGUCAAUAUUUCCUCGAACUUCCAACACCACAGCCACAACGAACCAAAUACAUUGGCCGGCUCCCCUCGUAUCACGGCGUGACUCUCGGCGGACUGGCUGCAGGUGGCCAUACUAUCCGUCGGGAACCGUUCAAACCACUCCUCUCAACGGCCUUCUCGCACGUCUCCCCUUGCUACGCGUACCGCGGGAAGAAAGAAGGAGAGACGGACGAAGCGUACGUGGCCCGUCUAGCUGCUGAACUAGACGCGGAGUUCCAGCGUCUUGGACCUGAGAAUGUGUGUGCCUUUAUCGCGGAGCCGAUUGCUGGAAAUUCCAUGGGCUGUGUCCCCGCAGUACCAGGCUAUUUCCCCGCCAUGAAAGCCGUGUGCGAGAAAUACGGCGCGCUCUUAAUCCUUGACGAAGUCAUGUGCGGUAUGGGACGGAGCGGCACGCUUCACGCCUGGCAGCAGGAAGAUGUCGUCCCAGAUAUCCAGACCAUUGCUAAAGGACUCGGAGCGGGGUAUGCCCCUGUUUCUGGUGUGUUGAUCGGCGAGAAUGUAGUGCAGGUGCUGGAUAAGGGGAGCGGAGUCUUCAGACAUGGCCAGACAUAUCAGGGCCAUCCUCUUGCCUGCGCUGCGGCGUUGGCGGUGCAGAAGAUUGUCAAAGAGAAGAAUCUCAUGCAGAACGUACGUGAGAUGGGCGCUUAUCUUGAGAAGCGUUUGAAGGAGAGACUGGAGAGCCAUCCUUACGUGGGAGAUAUUCGGGGCAGGGGACUGUUCUGGGGGAUCGAAUUCGUCCAAGACAAAGAGACAAAAGAAUCAUUCUCACCCGAGACUGGUGUUGCGAACCAUAUGCAGGAGACUGGUUUGAAGCCAGAAUUCUCCAUCUCCCUUUUGGCUGGGACGGGUGCCAUCGAAGGCAUGCGAGGUGAUCAUAUUAUCCUUGCACCACCGUAUACUGUCUCCAAGGAGGAAAUUGACGACAUUGUCGACGCAACUGCAAGGGUUGUGGACGAUGUCUUUGCAAAGUUGAAUAUCGGGUUGAAGCAAUGA